AUGUGGGAUGGCGAAGCUCAACACCGCCGCCAGAGCCCGGUUGCAAGGUCAGGUCAAUAUUGUGCCGCUACUGUGAAGUUCAUCCUACCUGUCAUCAUCUUCAUGGGCGCCUUUGGCUUCGUCUUGACGAACUUUUUCCCUGCAGAGUUCAGACACUUCAUCCAUGGCAGUAACACAGAAAGAAGAAUCACGGGAUCAGACCUAGAGACCCUCAAGAGUUCAACCCAUGUUGACACAGGGGGCUCACGCCGACUGCGACUCUUCAUGCCCGCCGACGGACCAAACAUCAACCUCUGCAAGACGGUCAUGUCUGCCGUGGCGCUAGGCUAUCCCAUGCCCACACUUCUAAACUGGAACGGGGAGUUCAACAGGCCCGACUGGCACUUUGCCGGUUCCCACAUUGCAAAGCUCGAGUCACUUCUGGCGGUCAUUGAUGCGCUUUACGAAAAGGAUGACGGGGGCGAUGUUAAUGAGAACGACCUCAUUCUCCUUGUGGAUGCCUACGAUAUCUGGUUUCAACUUCCGCCAUCCGUCUUGAUUGAGCGCUUCCAUCAACUAAAUCGCAAAGCCAACAUCCGGGUGCAGAGGCAAUGGGGGGAAAGUGGAAUGAAGAGUGGGUUUCCCAUUAGUCCCCCGACGCAAGACAUCAUCGUCACCACGGCCAAAGAUUGCCAGCCGGACUGGGAGUCAGGGUCCGAUCCGCGAUACGACUACUGGCCAGACUCGCCCCUUCCACGAGACUUCUACGGCGAGAAGACUGACCAAGUGCUUCCUUACGUCUUUGACUCGGCGAGGAAAUACAAAAAGAUUCGACCGCGAUGCGUCAAUAGCGGGAUGAUCAUGGGUACUAUCGGAUCAUUACGGGGCGCGCUGCGCAAGAGCAAAGAGAAGAUUGAGAAAGCCGCCGUUAGCGGGCGGCAGCUGUGGAGCGACCAGGCACUCUUUGCAGAGGUUAUUGGAGACCAGGAAGUUUAUCGCCAUUGGGUCCGGGGUCUCUCUUCAACGUGGAAUGGCUUUGUUUCUCAGGAGAAUCUGGGGAGCGUGCCGAAGGAGGUGCGGAGGAUCGCAGACGCGGCACUGGCUGGCGAAAAGUUUGAAUUCGGGAUCGGGCUGGAUUAUGGCUUUGCCACGAUCCCGCCUACCUGCUCCUCCGAAGACGACGGAUACUUUGUGGAGCUCGACGAUGCCGAGUCCAUUAAGAAGGAGUCUGAGAAGGCUGCAGUCCCGGGCGAGGUGAGGAUUCAGGGUAUUCCAGAGGAAUUGCGCGACGUUCCUCGGCCUCUGCCUGGGUAUACCUGGGGUAACGUCUCGCUCUACACCGACUUCUUCUUUGGUACCGCGCCUGUGGGCAUACAUCACAAUGCCUACAUCUUUGGGCUGAAGAAGUGGCGGCUGGAGAAUUGGUGGAGUCUGACCUGGUUUUACCCUCAUUUGCGUGAUCUCGUGGUCCAGGCUCUCGAUGCGAACCGGAAGUUGAUGCCCCUAGCGAGACUUCUCACUCGUGGCGACAGCGGGAACGAGAUGAUCUACUGGGCGGCGGAGGAAGAGGUCAAUGGAAAGAAGAGUGUCAUGGUGUACGACGGCUCGAGAAAGCCGGGCGACUUUUCAACUAUUGGAUGGGAUGGAGUCUGUCAAAAAGGAGACGAAAGGUGGUAUGAUGUGCUGUUUGGAGAUGGAAAGGGGCCGCUGAAGGUCUGA